UAACCACGGUAGCAUACAAGUAAAGGGCGAAAUACCUCCGUGGCGGUAGAAGCCAUCAAAACGAGGCCGGAAUCUUCCCUGCCCUUCCUCUCUGUCCUUCGAGAUCCGCGAUGGCGCCUCCCCUCCCGUCGCAGCGAUCGCCGUCGCCGUCCCAGCCCUCCGGGAGGAGUGAGGUCUCCGAUCUAAAGCUCCAGCUCCGGCAGCUCGCCGGCAGCCGCGCCCCCGGCGCCGAUGACUCGAAGCGUGACCUCUUCAAGCGGGUGAUCUCCUACAUGACCGUGGGGAUCGACGUCUCCUCCGCUUUCAGCGAGAUGGUGAUGUGCUCCGCCACCUCCGACAUCGUCCUCAAGAAGAUGUGCUACCUCUAUGUCGGCAACUACGCCCGCUGUAACCCCGACCUCUCUCUCCUCACCAUUAACUUCCUUCAGAAGGACUGCCGCGACGAGGACCCCAUGAUCCGCGGCCUCGCCCUACGCAGCCUCUGCUCCCUCCGGGUCCCCAAUCUCGUUGAGUACCUCGUCGCCCCCCUCGCCGCCGGCCUCAAGGAUGGCAGCCCCUACGUCCGCACGGUCGCCGCCAUGGGUGUCCUCAAGCUCUACCACAUAUCUGCCGCCACCUGCUUCGAUUCCGAUUUCCCUGCCACGCUCAAGAGCCUUAUGCUGUCCGAUCCUGAUGCCCAGGUGGUUGCAAAUUGUCUACACGCUUUACAGGAGAUAUGGAAUCUGGAAUCUAACAACUCGGAGGAAGCAUCCAGCGAAAGAGAAGCUCUGCUGGGCAAGCCGGUGAUCUAUUAUCUCCUAAAUAGGAUCAAGGAAUUCAAUGAAUGGGCACAGUGCCUUGUAUUGGAGUUAAUAUCAAAGUAUAUACCCUCAGACAGCAGUGAGAUAUUUGACGUAAUGAAUCUUCUCGAGGAUAGACUUCAGCAUGCAAAUGGAGCUGUUGUUUUAGCCACGAUCAAGGUCUUUUUGCAUUUGACAAUGUCUAUGACUGAUGUUCAUCAGCAGGUUUAUGAACGCAUUAAAGCACCUUUACUCACUUUAGUGGGCUCAGGAAGUUCAGAGCAAUCAUAUGCAGUACUAAGCCACCUGCAUUUGUUGGUUAUGCGUGCUCCAAUGUUGUUUUCGUCAGACUACAAACAUUUUUAUUGCCAGUUUAGUGAACCAUCAUAUGUGAAGAAACUAAAACUUGAGAUGCUGACUGCCAUUGCUAAUGAGAGCAAUACCUACGAAAUUGUGACCGAGUUGUGCGAAUAUGCUGGAAAUGUCGAUGUGCCCAUUGCAAGAGAGUCGAUUCGGGCAGUUGGAAAGAUAGCAUUGCAGCAGUAUGAUGUGAAUGCAAUUGUCGACAGGCUGCUUCAGUUUCUUGAGAUGGAGAAGGAUUAUGUGACUGCUGAAACUCUGGUACUGGUGAAAGACCUUCUGAGAAAAUAUCCUCAGUGGAGUCAUGACUGCAUUGCAGUUGUUGGGAAUAUUAGCAGCAAGAAUGUUCAAGAGCCAAAAGCCAAAGCAGCUCUCAUAUGGAUGCUGGGAGAAUAUUCCCAGGACAUGCUUGAUGCUCCUUACAUUCUGGAAAGUAUUGUUGAAAAUUGGGAUGACGAACAUGCACCAGAGGUUCGCUUGCAUCUUCUCACUGCAGUAAUGAAAUGUUUCUUUGGAAGACCACCAGAGACACAAAAGGCCUUGGGAGCUGCUUUAGCUGCUGGCCUAGCUGAUUCCCAUCAGGAUGUUCAUGAUCGAGCCUUAUUCUACUACAGGCUUUUGCAAUAUGAUGUAUCAGUAGCAGAACAUGUUGUAAACCCUCCAAAGCAAGCUGUUUCAGUCUUUGCUGAUACACAGAGCAGUGAAAUUAAAGACCGCAUAUUUGAUGAGUUUAACACACUAUCAGUUGUAUACCAGAAGCCCUCUUACAUGUUUACGGAUAAGGAGCAUCGGGGACCAUUUGAGUUUUCAGAAGAACUUGGAAAUUUGUCCCUGGGAGCAGAAUCUGCAGAUAAUGCUAUGCCAGCUCAAAGAUAUGAAGAGAAUGAUCUUUUAUUAAGCACAUCAGAAAAAGAAGAAAGUGGAGGUCCAACCAAUAACGGCUCUGCUGUCUCAGCAUAUAGUGCUCCUUCUGACCAUUAUGGAUCCUCGAUAUCUGUUAAUUCACAGACACAACCAGAGACGGCAAUUUCAGUCCCUGGCUUGUCAGCAUAUACUUCACCAGCAACCUUAGCCAUUGAUGACCUUCUUGGUUUGGGUGUUCCUUCUGCCCCUGCACCUCCAACCUUGAAGCUUAAUCCGAAAGCAGUUUUAGAUCCUGGUACUUUCCAGAGGAAAUGGGGCCAACUUGCAAUAUCCUUGUCACAGGAAUGCUCCAUGAGUCCUCAAGGACUUGCAGCCUUGACAGCACCUCAGGCCCUCAUCCGACAUAUGCAAGGCCACUCUAUCCAAUGCAUUGCCUCUGGUGGUCAAUCACCGAAUUUCAAGUUCUUCUUUUUCGCUCAAAGGCUAGAUGGAUCAUCAGCUUUCUUCCUUGUGGAGUGUAUUAUCAACUCGUCAUCAGGAAAAGCACAGAUAAAAGUUAAGGCUGAUGAUGGGAGUGCAUCAGAGGCGUUCUUCACAAUGUUCCAAUCAGCUUUGUCGAAAUUUGGGGUAGCCUGAUUAAAUUUUGUAUUAUUCUGUUCUUUUCUCUGUCUCUCUCUUGAUGCUGUUUCUGCUGGCUUAGUAAAUUAUACGGUGUUAACGGGAAACUAGUUAUCUUGUACGGAGUGGUCUGAAAUUCGAGUAAGCUCAUAAGUACUUGGGGUCUGGGACAAAAUGCUGGAUAUUUAAAAUCCUCAUGGUGAGUGCAUUUUUUAAAUCAAUAACAUAAAUAGGCUUGGCGUUCUUAAUGGUCUGUGGGAGAUCAGCAAAAUUGUGCAUGCUUAGGCAUAUGAACAGCAACAGUCCCUUCGUUGAACCGCUCUGGGUGUCUUGAAUAAAGGUUCACUGAUGGUAAGCUUGCAGGCAUUACUGCAGUUAGUCUCCA